AUGUUGUUCAAUUAUAAUUAUCUUCUUAUAUCAGGACAUGUUACAGGCUUUUAUUCUGUAUCUAAUAAGACAAAACAAGCAUUCUAUAAACUUUUUCAUGUUGGGCAUAACUCUGCUAGUGCAUAUUACACAUAUUUAGAAGAAAUGCAAUUGAAAUAUAAAAAUGAUGAGGAGAUUCUGGCAGAUAGAGCUAUUUACCCAUACAAAUAUAAUGUUUAUUACCUUCAUAAAAAAUUUCUCAAUAUAUCUAUUAGUACAAAGAAUAAAAAAGAGAUGUUUAGUUGUUUGGCUAAAAAGACCAAUUCUAGUCAACCAUUUAUUCUUAUUAUUUUAACUAAUUUAAUAAAGCACUAUCACACUUUACAACAAGCUAAAGAAUUAAUAUUUAUAGAUAUAAUAGCAAGUCUCAAUAUGAAACCACUCAAACCUUCACAAAAGCCUUAA